AUGACUGUCCCGCGAAAUGGCAAACGCCGGCGAAUAUUUUACGACCUGGCCGCCGCAUUCGAAGAUCUUUACUUCACCAAAGCUUUUGGUCCGGGAAUUUUGGCGGCGUUGUUCUAUGGACUAGUUUCUGGAUCAAUGUCCUUUGUAAAUAAGGUAAGCUACUAAGAGAGACCUGUAUUAACCACGAUCGCAUAUUAAUAAUUAGCACAACCGGCCCUCACAGUCCUUUAUUACUUACAAAUUAAAGCUUGAAGAACUGCGAUCAUUCGUUCUAAUUAGUUCUAUAUAAGCUUAAAUAAAUUAAAAGAAGCAAAACUAGAAAACAUUUUUUUGAAAGUUAAAAUUGUGUUUGAGGGGUAAAGCUCUUUUUUGACCUGAUUCAGUGUGCACUAGCUAGGAUGCUUAUAGCCUACGAAAACAUCCGUUUCUCUUCGCCGCUUGGGACGUUUCGCGCAACCAAGCGCAACACAACGUUGCAAUGUUGGAACAAUGUUGUGUCCAUUCGAAACAAUGUCGGAACAAUGUUGCCACACUGUGUUGCACUAAAAAUUGCCGUUCCGAAUCGUCUCGUGUAACAUCACUUUAAAUAAGGAGAAUAUUAAUUUUUCUCAGACAUCUCUUGGCCCCUGAAUGUCAUUUAGAGAUAUAAUGAAUAAGCAACCAAAAACUGUGAAACUCAGAAUACUUUGAACACCAGUAAUACCUCUGGAAUGUAAUAUUCUGUUCCAAGCCAAUCAGGCAGGAGAAAACUAAACCACAAGCAACAAUGGUUAUUAGUUUGGGGCCUUGAGGCUUGCUCUGUGUUUUUAUCUUCCUUUAUAUAUGAUAAAUUUUAUUUUAUUACUUAAAUUUUAUAAUGGGGUUACAACUGCAAAAAAUUGUUAUUUUGUGCUGGAGGGUUGACCCAAUUAACACCUUUUAGCACCAUACUGAUAAAUUUGUGUUAACUUUUUUUAAAACAUUUGUAUGUUCCUCAGAUUGUUCUCACCUCAUAUUCUUACCACUUUCCUAAUGUUAUGAUGUUGGCACAAGUUGUCGUCACAUCUGUCAUUCUUGAAGGAGGAAGGCUACUGGGAUUUUCUAGCAUGCUAAAAUACACAUUGGAAAGGUACUACUUUGCCCAGUGAAAGGGGGAGGUUACCAGUAUACAUUUUUGGGUGGUGGUGUACAAAUGAGGCGACUUUCAGGCUGUUCUUGCUGUUUGCACUCCAAAGAAGAGAGUACCCCAUUGAAGGUUUAAUUCUCUUCAUAUUAGUCUCCUUCACAGCUGCUCAAACCAGAUGUCAUGCAAUGCUCCCCAUCACCACGCAGCUGCUAUUUGCUGCAUGAAAAUGAAAGUUGCACUUUGAUUGACCGAUUCUGGAAAAGAAAUGUACAUCGAUUUGAACCAGUUGCGAGGGGACUGGCAGCAUUGUGUGACUCUGGCCCGAGCAGGUGUGGAGGAGACUAGCUCUUUUAUAUUGGCAUUAUCUUCCAAAUUAUAGUUUCCAUUCAUUGAAGGAAAACAUCAACAAAUGACAACCCCUUGAUAAAAGCAUCCCCUCUGAGUAAGUGCCUUUACACCCCCCAUCUCCACCCCCACUCCCACCCUCGCCCCCUCUUUUAGAUAAAACUUUAUGUGUUAAGUGCCUGGGCCUUUCAAAAAAACAAAUUAUGUAAAAUUUAUGGUAAUGGGAAGAGUUAAUAAAUAGCUUUAGCUUUUGAGAUAUGGUGGCAAAGAAAUUUAACUUCAAUGACAAGAGGUCAGAAUUAUUUAGCAUUAGUAAUCAAGUUUGGUUUUAAUUUAUGUUAAUUUAUGUACUUUUUUUCAACAGAGGAAGGAUGUUUUUUUUCCCUUCAAUAUGUUUUGCCCUUCAUACCACUUUGGCUUUAAGGGCCCUUGAUGAUUUAUCCAUACCUAUGUAUGUAUGAAAAAAUAUUAUUUUCAAACAAUUUAUUGUAUAAUUUUAUUAUCAUACUAUGAAUUGAGCAACUUUUUGCAAGAUUUUAGUGAGCCAUGUCUCACCCUCUGCCCUGCAGGGACCUGUUUCUUGAAAGGACCACAAACUUUUCAGGGGACAAAUUUUAAAAUCAAAACCUCUUGAAUAUCAGCACAUUCCUAAUGCACAAACCAGUCAAUUUUGCUUUGUUAACUGAUAGUUUCAUUAUAUCAUUUUCAAAAUUGUUAAAACUUGGAUGUUGAAUGCAAAGAUGGCAAAUGCAAAACAGCUUUCCGGGCCCAAACAGUUACCAGGACUUUUGAGAAACAGGCCCCAUCUUAGGUAGCAACUUUCACCUGUGCUCAUUUUCAUUUCCAAAGGAGGUUAUCAUGGACACUCGUGAAUUUUACCCACUCAAUUAUCCCUGGCAACAAUGAGGGACUAUUUGUGGUUUUGGUCGGCAGAAAAAGCUUAUUUUCCUCCUGCAUAAGUAAUUUUUUGUGCUCAGUUGACCUAGCAUAAGUCCUGUAGGUUUUUUCCCGCAUGUGGCGAGAUACUUUGGGGUUGGCUGAAGGAAAAAA